AUGGACGUAACCCGGCGACAGGGGCUGCCUUGCAAGCACAUUCCAGACUCGUUUGCACCGCUGCGACAAACCGCUGUGUGCGAAUGGGUCAGAAUGACGCCCAAAGAUCUGAGCAUGGUUUCAAUCUUGAGGUCAGCCAUGUCCUUUAAGGAUGUUGCCCCAGGAACAGACCCCCAGGUACUGCUGAGGAAAUGUGGAGUCUUUGUGAAGGAGCUGCGCUUCCCUGUGAUUCCUGUCAGUGUAAGCUUCAGAGUGAAAAUGACGCUGGACGUGUCUCCAUCCUCAGUGUCCCUGACUCAAGAGAACACAUCGUUUGACAUUAUAGCCUCAGACACAGUGUCUGAUAAAUCAUCAGCCCUAGAUGUCUCAGUAUCUAUAAAAGCCAGUUUACUCUCUGGUCUAAUAGAAGUUGGUGGAUCUGCGCUUUAUCUAAAUGACAAGAAGACCUCUAAGAACCAAGCCAGAGUCACCCUAAAGUACUCUAGGACCACAAGGUUUGAGUAUUUGAGCAUGGACCAUUUAGGUAUACAGAACAUGACUUUUCGUGAUGUGUUUGACAAAGGGAUGGCCACCCAUGUAGUCACUGGUAUUAUAUAUGGUGCUCAAGCUUUCUUUAUAUUUGACCGUGAGGUGUCUACAUCAGAGAGCACUAAACAAAUACAAGAAAAUCUCCAGGUUAUGGUUAGAAAUAUUCCCUCAAUUACAACUAAAGGACAAGCAAUGAAUGAUAAAGAUAAGGAAGAAGUUAAAAAAUUUAGCUGUACAGUUCAUGGAGACUUUGCCCUGGAGAGAAAUCCGGUCACAUAUGAAGAUGCCAUAAACAGUUAUACUGACCUCCCAAAGUUACUAGGAGAGAAAGGGGAAAAGGCUGUACCUGUGAUAAUAUGGCUGUAUCCACUGGGGGAACUGGACAGUAAAGCUGCCCGGUUGGUUAGAGACAUCAGUGAAGAUCUUGUUUACAGGACAGAAAAGGUGAUACAGCAAAUGAUAGACGUUACCAUACACUGUAAUGAUCUGAUGAAACAUCCAGCUGCAGAGACCUUUCCAGACAUCAAGAGUAACAUAAUUCAGUUCAGAGAGCAGUGUGAUCUAUUUACCCUCACAUUUAAGAAGCAGCUUGAACAGAUCUUACCCGCUAUACGUGAUGGGAGAUUAGAAGAAGCUGCACUUGCUGAUAUUUUACUUAGUAUACAACAAUCUCCAUUUGAAAUCUUCCACAUUACACAGUUUUUGAGCAGAAAAGAACAGGAGAUGGAUACUGUGAGCUCCUACGUUAAAAUGCUGUCCAACAUCAAAGUAUUCCCAUCUGAGACUGAAAGAAACAAACUAAUAUCUGACCCUUUGAUUGAAUAUGUUGUGUGUUUUAAUUUUGCUUCAUUAAACAAGGAGACAUAUCUUUCUGAUAUGUGUAAUUGUCUCCAAUCACCUGGAUAUAAUGUCUAUGAGAAUAAAAUCAUCUCACCGUGGUUCAAGGACAAUGAUGCCAGAAGAUGUUUGAGAGCAUUUCAGGAAUUUGCUGGUACCAAUGCAUUCAUUGAGGAAACUCAAUUUAUUAUCUCAUCUGUCCCAGACCAGAGAAAUCGUGGAGUCUCCAUUUAUCUGUAUGAUUGUGGAGAUUUGCUAAGUGAAAAGUUUGAGCCUCCAGCUAAACCUAAUCUCCCAGUCAUCAGUGGUAGAACCCAUGAUAGUAUGGAUCUCACCCUCAGUCCUGCAGACUUUGGGAAAGAGUUCAUAGAGGGAUACAGCAUAGAGUAUAGAUCUGCUGAGGAGGAGAACUGGUCCCAUUUUAUAACAAAUAAAGACCAGAAGAUCACAGUUACAGGACUAAUGCCUAAUACAAAAUAUCAGCUGAGAUACUCUGCAAUGUGUAAACCAGGACUCAGUAUUGCCAGUGAUGUUACAGAAGAGAGAACCCUUCCCACUAGUCCACCUGAAGCCAUAUACGUCACUGCAAAACCAUCAUACAUUACAUUACAAUUUAAGAAACCGACUAUAAUCGGAGAUGGAGCCACAAUAACUGAGUACAAAGUUGAAUAUAAGGUGGAGACUGAAAAUCUAGAUGAGAGAUGGCUGGAAUAUAAAUCAGGAAAAAAGCCAUAUGUGGUGAUUCUGGAGAGAGUGCUCCCAGUGAUGAGAUUGUAG